UAGGAAAACUAGUCAGGGACAUAAUUAUGUGUAAUUUAUGCACGUGAAUUUCACCAACGUUAAAUACAUUUAUAUCACUAAUGUUGAUUAAAAUUAGUAACGAAAGUUAUAAUCAUGAUUGUGAAAAAAUUUUGCAAAAGUUUCAUGGAAGAGCACUGCGCAAAGCUGAAAUUAUGUAAUAUUUGGAUUUUCAAAAGAAGCGUAUUUCGUCCAAGGCCCAUGCAAUCAAUCUCAAACGGACGAACCUUAAAAGAACAUGAUUUGUCUGCUGUUCAGACUGUUGAAGAAUUCAAUUCAUUGAGGCAUCAUGAAAAUAAAGACUCACCACAGGUUGCAUUAGUUUCAUCUUUUGUCAAUGGCGAUGCAUUAGGACAUGUGGAGUUAAACAAUUUUGUUUUUGGCACUAAUCCACGACUAGACAUUCUUCACAGAGUAGUUGUUUGGCAGAGAGCGAAUGCAAGAGCUGGAACUGCCUGUGUUAAAAAUAGAAGUGAAGUUAGAGGAGGUGGUAGAAAACCUUGGCCUCAAAAGGGCUCUGGUCGUGCUAGGCAAGGAAGUAUUAGAGCUCCUCACUGGAGAGGAGGUGGUGUUGUUCAUGGACCAAAGCCAAAGAGUUAUGCCUACACAUUACCAAAGAAAGUUAGAAGAAUGGGUCUCAGGGUUGCAUUGUCAUGCAGGCUAAGUCAGGGUGAUUUGAAUGUGGUAGAUUCAUUAAACUGUGAUUCAUUAUCAAACAUGGACAUUAAAAAUAUAUUCGACCAAAACAGUUGGGAUUCUGUUGUUGUCGUUGAUGGUGAGUACAAUGAAAAUCUACGAGAUGCAGUAAAGUCAUAUCGAAGCGUAGAAGUCCAUAAUACCAUAAGUUUGAAUGUUUACAGUAUUUUAAAACAUCGCAAAAUUUUGCUUUCUCUGAAUGCCAUUGCAAUGCUGGAAGAAAGACUUUGUGGCGAUUACAGACUUCUCUGGCGUUGACUUCUGCCUUCUGUAAUCUACUUCUCUAAUUUUCUGUGAAUGUGUAAAUGGUGUUUUCUACCAUUACAAGUGACAGCCGAUGGAAUGCUAUCGCCAUACGUUUCGUUUAAGAGAAGGAACAGCUGGUUGUUAACGAAGACAUUGGAAGGUACUAAGAUGGAUCUCCUCUUGGUGGAAAGAGAUUUUGCUUUCCUCACUUGGCGUAUUUGGUGUAAACAUGGCCUACAUUCACGUUGAAAAAAAAGUUUUGGAAAGAAAGAAAGAGCACAGAGAACAAUGUAGAAGCAGUAGACUUAUGUUGACAAGAAUGACUUGUCACAUGCAUCCAUAAACAUUUUAUUAAUCUCGCUGUUCUGACUUCUGAGUCUUGUAUUACAAUAAACUAUUAACAACUAGAAA